AUGGAUGAGUUGAUGAAGUGUGCCACCAACAUUAAGCAUUUGAUCUCUCCUAUGUUCCGGUACAAAAUCACCCAGCAGUACUUGUGGAAGGUGCUGUGCGAAGCACGGAAGGAGGGGAUGCUCUUCUGUGACAAGCUAAGGCAGCCGCAAGUCUACCACAGGCUUCAGGCAAUCAAGGCGGAGAUCACGGCGGGCCCAUACGGAGUGGCAGGUUGGCAGGCGGAAGAAGAGGUAGAAGAAGAUCUGAUGGACAAAAUGGUGGUGGAAGCUGACUGCAUCCCCGGUGGGAUUGACGGAGAGGCACCUGAUCGCAAGCAAGUCUUGGAUCGCCGCGAAAUCCAGGGAGUUCUCGACUUUGGCCAGAAGAUCAAAUCAGAAGGAAAUGAGGCUUUCCUCAACGAGAACUGGGAGGGAGCCCUCACCAGGUAUUGUCAAGGUGAUGAAAUGCUGAAGAACUUUGCUGCAGAGCCACAUCUAGACAAAGAGAACAAGGAACUGAAAACCAUGCAUCGCCAGUGCUUGAACAACAAGGCCAAUGCCGCGCUCCAGAUGGAUCAAUGGCAGACAGCCUUGAGAGCGGCUGAGUCUGCACUGAAGCUGAAGAUGGAUGAUGAGAAGGCACUCUUCCGAAAGGCUCAAGCUUUAGAGGGUCUUGGGCGAACCGACGAGGCGCUGGAAGUGCUGGAUGAAGUCGAACAGAUCGCAGAAGACAUGGAUCAGGACUUCCGCGAACAUAUCAUGGAUGACGUCCGCGAACGGCGGGAGGAGAUCAAGUCGAUCGAGCACAAAGCUGCCAAGAGCUUCAACAACAUGUUUAAAGCCAUGGGGGACAAGCAGGUGUUUGGCAGCGGCCGCUUCCUCCCUGACGGCACUUCACCACCCCCAGCUCUCACAGGCGCUGAGGAAAGGCAGCUUAAGAGGAUCAAGGAGCAGGACGAAUACAGGGCUGCAAAGGCCAAGUACGAGUUGGAGCAGCGCCGAAAAGAAGGGAAACCUAUCAUAGACGAGCCCAAAGAGCCUGACAUGCCAACGCCCAACAAGCCACCAUUCGGAUACAGGACAUCAGAAAGAACCAGGACCCUCACAAAGGCGCAGGCACAGCAACUCUUGGAGGAGUGGAUUUCAAGUGUUGUGAGACACUUUUUUCACCUGCAUUUCGCUUGCGGUUUGUUGUUCAUACGUUAUAUAUGA